UAAAAAUUGAGAAAAUGAAGAACGUUCACAUGGGUUCCGUAUCCACGCUGCUGCUGGUUUUAGCUAUUUCAAUCUCAUUAUCAACCUCUUCGAGAUUGAAGAGAGACGUAGAUGGAUUCUGCAGAGGUAAAGCUGACCACAGCAUUAACGCCGAUCCUACUAGUUGCUACCAUUAUAUCUAUUGCACUGGUGGGUACCAGUUCAGAGCGAUAUGCCAGGCAGGACUUGUGUUUAACCCUAUAAUAAAUAGCUGCGACUAUGGGGAGUGUAACACUGCUCAAGCACCAGAAUCCACCAAUGAGGUGUAUGAAGAUAAUGGCCAUAGAGAAAAGAAUCGGGAAGAGAAGCGAUCAACGGCAAAUCUUCACGUUGCGCCAACCGAAUACGUUGCACCAACUGAGUAUGUUGCACCAACUGAAUACGUUGCACCAGUCACACAAUACAGAGAACCAUCAACGGAAUCAUUCGAUGAUUAUUGCAAGUUCAGAUCGGAUGGUACACACCAUGACCCAUAUGAUUGCCAUAACUACAUCUACUGUGCCAAUGGCGUUCCCUACAAACAGAAGUGUCCUGGAUCCCUCGUCUACAACCAUGACCUAGGUGGUUGCGACUUUGGCUCCUGUCCCCAGAACGCUCAAGGAUAUGUACCCAAAAAAGCACGUGAAGAAAACAAUCACGUUGUGCCAACAAAUUACGUCGAGACUACUGUUGAGGAGACUUACCAGGCAACCCAUUCUUCAUCAGAUAAUGAUGACAUGAAAUCUAAAAUUGAGGAGAUGCUGCCAUCCGUCAUGAACAAAGCCAUGGAAUCUCUCAUUACCAAGAUGGACGACGAGAAAACUGCUUCUCGAUCUGUAGGAAACUCCAAUAGACCAUUCAAGAAGGUCCAGCGUUUCCUCGUUGCCAGGCCCAUGGCCAAGAAACUGUCUCAGUGCGCCCAUGUACUCUGCAACGCGUCCACGGUGCUCAUGGAUUACUUCAAACUGGACAAAGUCACAGCGCUUAAUAUCUUCUCUGACAUCCACUCUCCCAUUCCUGCAAGUUCACAUCUGCUAAAGCCUGACGACGCAUACCCUGAUCCCGACCCCAACACCUGCCCCUGGCCUAGAUAUGAUUGCGGAACAGGCCUUGAGCUUUACAGAUCAUACACUGGAGCAUGUAACAACAUUUAUAACCCACUCUGGGGACGAUCUUUCACUCCACUCAAGAGAUACAUUGCCCCUGAUUAUGCCGAUGGUAUUGAACUUCUACGUCAAGCCAAACAUGGUGGCAGCCUCCCAUCAGCUAGACUGGUAAGCAGUGUGAUCCAUGAGGACGGCCAACCCGCAGACCAUAUUCACACAUUGAUGGUGAUGCAAUGGGGACAGUUCCUCGAUCACGAUCUCUCCCAUACGGCUGUAGCUAAGAUAUCAAAGGAUGGUAGUGUUGAUGAGACUAUGGAUAUUGAAUGUGGUGACGAUGGAUGCGAUGACUCAAUUAAAGAAUGUGUUCCCAUUAAGAUUCCUGCUGGAGAUAAAGACUUCGGACCUAAGAAAUGUCUCGAAUUUGUUAGAUCCCAGGAGGUCCCAAACUCAAAAUGCACAAUUGGACCACGAGAGCAAGUAAACCAAAUUACAUCCUACAUUGACGCAUCAAACGUGUAUGGAUCUUCUGAAGAAGAGGCAAAGGUUUUGAGAGACUUGAUCUCAAGAAAUGGACGCCUAAAUGUUACUGAUCAUCCUAACUCGAGAUCCCUCAAAUACCUCCUUCCACAGACGGAUGAGGAAAAGGAAUGUGAAGAAGAAGGUCAGGGCUUUAAAUGCUUCAUGGCUGGGGAUGUAAGAGUGAAUGAACACUCUGGUUUGACAGCCAUGCACACAAUCUGGUUGAGGCAGCACAACAGAAUCUCCGAAGCACUAUACAAGCUCAAUCCGCACUGGUCUAGCGACAAGGUGUACCAAGAAGCGAGAAAGAUUGUCGGUGCUAUGAUGCAACAUAUUACGUACAAGGAAUGGCUUCCGGUUGUUCUUGGCAAACAUGAAAUGAGAAAAUAUUCAUUAGAACUCCUGAAAUCAGGAUAUUCUCAUUAUGACAGCAGAGUGAACCCAAGUGUUACUAAUGAAUUCGCCACUGCCGCAAUGAGGUUUGGUCACAGUAUGAUCUUCAAGAAGAUUAGCGCCGGAGAAGCUGAUAAGGACCUGAGCGAGCUCUUCUUCCGUCCCCGCAACAUUUACAACAAAGCUGACGGUGGAGUGGAUGGCUUCAUACAAGGUCUCUGCGAUCAAAACAUGGAGAAGCAAGAUAGGUUCUUGACUAAACAGGUCACAAAACAUUUGUUCGCCGAACACCCACCUCAUGGUUUGGGUACAGAUCUUGCCUCACUUAAUAUACAAAGAGGCAGAGAGCAUGGUCUACCAGGUUACAAUGCAUGGAGACAAUUCUGUGGAUUACCAUAUGCCUACUCAUUCGAACAGCUUCGGGACACAAUCAAAGACGAAGAAGUCGUGAGGAAAUUAUCCCAAGUCUACAAGCACGUCGACGAUAUCGACCUUUUCCCAGGCGGUAUGGCAGAAACACCAGCUAAUGGUGCGAUGGUUGGUCCAGUUUUCUCUUGCAUUCUAGCCAAACAGUUCAGCGAUCUCAAACGUGGAGAUAGAUUCUGGUAUGAAAACAGCGGACCUCAAGCCUUCUCUACAGCCCAGCUGGAUGCAAUUAGAAAAGUGCGUCUUUCUAAGGUGAUUUGUGAAAAUGGGGACAACAUCAACACUAUUCAGCCAUACACAAUGGAGGUCCCAUUCAGGGAGGCAUACCCGACCAACGAUCACGGCACAGCAUCUCGGUACAACUUGGACUACAACCAGUUCAAUACCCUUUGGCAGAAGAACUACAACAUUAGAGAAAGUCAAAGAUUCACUAGCCAAAACUUACAGGUCAAAGGUCGACAACAUCUCCGUCAUCAUCAUAUCAAUUUAUCAUUUACUAUUUAAGAGUGUGUGCUUAAGUUGUUUCGAUAUGAGAAAUAUAUUUGAAACAAUACCAGCAGGCGGAGGCAAUGUUAGGUUUGUCAAACUCCAAUGAAAUCUCUACGCAAGAUAUUUUACAAGAGCAUUGAACAAAGUUCCAACACCGCGAAAUGCUGAUUUGCUAGAUAUACGGUCCCAGCAGAUGCGAUACAUGGAGAGCUUGAAAUGACUGUUCCAGAACACGUGAUCAUUGGAUCUAUUUGAGAACAUUGAAACUAGAUCGUAACUGAACAACUACAUGCCAAAGACUAUAUUUAGUCACAGUCUGGUACAUAGUUAAAAUUAUAUUUGACGACUUGACAUUGCAAAACUGAAAAGAAGCGUCGCAUUUCUUGAGGCCAUGCGUUGAACUGGUACCCUGCGCGCAGAGUCUAGUUA